UAGUAAGUUAUUUCAAUAAAAAACCCUAACAUUUAGUUUCAGCAACAGUAUAGUGAAGAAAGCUCUCUAUACGACGCCAUUCUUUGCUUUAAUUCUUGUGGCUGUCAAGCUUCGCUCUCUAUUGCAAAUGGCCUCGGCGUUGGUUCUCAUUUCUACCUUCGGCGGACUUCGAUUAAUCGGUCAGUUGCCGCUUCUGCUGCAUCCCAGGAGGAAUCGGUGAGCUUGAGUUUAUUGAUGUUUUCGAAUUCUAUAGGAAAACAAAAGGAAAAAAGUUUUAUUGAUUACUUAUUAAAGAACAAUCUUUAAAGAUGCACAGUGUAUCACGAGAAGCAUAUGAGAUAUACUCCAAGAAAGCUUUGAUCAUAUUGCAAGAAAAUUCUGAGCAGUUGAAAAUCCAGGCUGAAUAGGCUAGACAACAGUUGACUAUUGGGAAGGAACUUAGUGAAGAGGGUAUUUUAUUGACUACAACUCAACCGACGCACUCAUAUUUGAUCAGAUUUGGGGUUAAAGAGAAACGUUUUUAAAAAAAUAGGAGAUUUUACUUAAAUGCCCUUCUUACUAUGGAAACUGUUUAAAUUAACUGCUUAUAGGUGGGAUUUUGGGUUUUCAAAACUUAAUAGGUGAGAGUUUGGGAAAACAUCAAACCUUUGAUGGGAAUAAGUCUUUUGGCCCUUUUUUUUUAUUCUGAUUAUUAUCAAAUUAAUUGGAAUUUGGGUAAAUGGCUGUAUCAAAUUGAUGGUAUUGUAGCUUGAUAAAAUUAGACUAGAUUAAUUUGUCCUUCUUUCCCGCUUAAUUAGCCUAGGUUGCUUGACUUUUGGUGUUUUCCACUUAAGUUUCAAUCACAUUGGUUGCUACAACAAAUUAGCCUAGGGAGAGAGGGCCCUAUCAUUAACUAUUGUUGGAAGGAGCAUGUUUGUGGGUUCUUGUCUAUCUUUGAGUUGUGUCUAUUGUCAGUCUCCUUGAUGGAAAAUUUGUGUAAAGACGUGAGAAGAGGGGAAGAAGGUGCAGAAAUUUAUUUAAGAAAAAAAAUUGAAAUGAAAGCAUACGGUUCACUGGCAAAAUAUAUACACAUAUAAGUUCUUAUCCCUCUUCAUACUCCUACCUCACAAUUAAAUGGGGAAUAUCUUAUCCAUCUAUUUGUUUUUGCAUUACUGUUUCAUGGCUACUUUGGCUGUGACUGCGAAAACUUUAACAACCGAUCAAUCUGCACUUCUUCAAUUCAAAGCACAUAUCACUUCUGAUCCUUACUGUGUACUGGCAUAUAACUGGUCCAUUUCUAUUCCAAUCUGUAACUGGGUUGGUAUUUCCUGUGGUGGUCACCAUGAAAGAGUCACAGUCUUGAACCUUUCAUCCAUGGAUCUCGGUGGCACCAUCUCUCCACACCUGGGCAAUCUCUCAUUCCUGGUGAAUCUCGAUCUUAGUUACAACAAUUUCCAUGGCCAUCUGCCAAAUGAACUGGGACAAUUACGCCGACUGAGAGUCUUUUCUAUCAGUAACAAUACAAUAAGUGGAGGUAUUCCGGGAUUCAUUGGUCUCUUAUCCAAACUCCAAAUCCUGAAACUUGAAUUUAAUGAUAUCUCAGGUGCCAUCCCUGAUGCUCUCUACAAUGCAACUACGCUAGAGGCCUUGUGCUCACACGACAAUAAAAUCCAAGGAAGCAUUUCACCAGAGAUUGCGAAGCUCACCAGGCUGGUAAUUUUCCGUCUGGGAAAUAACUUCCUCUCGGGCUCCAUACCUUGGAGUAGCAUCUACAACUGUUCGUCACUACAAAUGUUUCGUUUAAGCAACAAUUCUUUGUCUGGCAGUCUGCCGGAUGGUCUCUGUAAUCGUCUUCCAAAACUUGAAUGGCUAACUCUAACUGCAAAUGGACUUUCUGGCCAGCUUCCAAGAAGUUUAGGCAACUGCAGCGAGGCUGUUGCUUAUUCAUUUUCGGAGAAUAAAUUUACAGGACUCAUUCCACAAAAUAUUGGAAAUUUGAGUAAGCUUACCUUGUUGUUUCUUAAUGAAAACAACAUAGAAGGUGAAAUUCCAGAGGAGAUAGGCAAUUUGCAAAAUCUUCAAGAUCUAUUUCUAGGUCUCAAUAGCUUAAGUGGUGUAAUUCCAGCUUCAAUCUUCAAUAUUUCAACCAUAAUUAGGAUUAGUCUACUUGGGAAUAACCUUUCAGGCUAUCUACCAUCGACCAUUGGCCAUGGGGUUCCCAACUUGAACGGUCUUUUCUUAGGGGUAAAUGAACUUACUGGAACAAUCCCCACCUCCAUCACCAAUGCUUCCAAGCUCGUUAAGCUAGAUCUGUCCAUCAACGCAUUUUCUGGGCUUGUUCCAAAUACAUUAGGCAACUUGAAAUUCCUCGAAAUUCUUGAUCUUGCGGCCAAUAACUUCACCACUGAAUCACCUACUGCAGAAUGGAGCUUUCUGUCUUCUUUCACAAAUUGCAGGAAACUAAAGAAACUAUAUUUGGAUUAUAAUCCACUGUAUGGUGUCAUACCACUUUCAAUCGGCAAUUUAUCUGAAACUCUUGAGAUUUUUUCUGCAAGUAAUUGCAAGACCAAGGGCAGCAUUCCUACAGAGGUGGGUAACUUGCAUAACUUGAUGAGUUUAGAUCUUUCGGGAAAUGACUUGAACGGAUUUAUUCCAACAACGAUGGGAAAUUUGCUGAAUCUCCAAGGUCUGUGGCUAAAUAAAAAUAAUUUUUUGGGAUUCAUUCCUUACGAGCUUUGCAAAUUAUACAUGGUAGAUAAACUGCUGUUAAAUGAUAAUAUGCUUUCUGGACCAAUACCAACAUGCAUGGAGAAUUUAACUUCUCUGAGAGAUCUGCAGUUAGGCUCCAACAAAUUAAACUCUAGCAUACCCCUAUCCUUAUGGACUCUUGAGUAUAUCUUGCAGGUGAACUUGUCAUCGAAUUCUUUGAGUGGUUUUUUAUCUCCAAGUAUACAGAGUUUGAAGGUCUUGAUUGACCUAGAUUUGUCAAAAAAUCUCUUGUCAGGAAACAUUCCCACCACCCUUGGGGGCCUUCAAACUCUUGAAACUCUAUCUUUGGCAGACAAUAGAUUUGGAGGAGCCAUACCCAACACAUUUGGAGCAUUGAUAAGCUUGGUAUCCUUGGAUCUCUCUAACAAUAGUCUUUCAGGUGAAAUUCCCAAAUCAUUGGAGGCCCUCACCUAUCUCAAGAACUUCAAUGUCUCCGUAAAUAAUUUACAAGGGGAGAUUCCCAACAAAGGUCCUUUCAAAACAUUUUCUGCUCAAUCCUUUUUGUUAAAUCAUGCAUUAUGUGGUUUGCCAGGGCAAGGGGUUCCUCUUUGCAAGGUUGACGCCAUCAAAUGUUCAAAGACACUAGUAAUGAAAUACAUAUUGCCUUCAGUUCUCCCAAUUUUAGUGACAGUGAUUGCAUCCGUUGUCUUCAUAAGGUGUUAUUACAGAAGAAAACAUUCUCCAGUUGAUCGAGUUGAUUCGUUACCUUUAGCAACAUGGAGAAGAACAUCUUAUCUAGAAAUUCAACAAGCCACUGAUAAUUUCAACCAGUGCAACUUGCUUGGUAUUGGUAGCUUUGGUUCAGUAUUCAAAGGGACACUUUCAGAUGGAACUAUAGUUGCAAUAAAGGUUUUUAAUUUGCAAGAAGAGAGUGUCCUUAGAAGCUUUGAUUCUGAAUGUGAAGUAUUACGCAACAUUCGUCAUCGAAAUCUCAUCAAAGUCUUGAGCAGUUGUUGUAACAUCGAUUUUAAGGCCUUGAUUCUCGAAUUCAUGCCCAAUGGUAGUCUUGAGAUGUGGUUGUAUUCUCACAACUAUUUCCUAGAGAUGCUACAAAGGUUGAACAUAGUGAUAGAUGUUGCAUCAGCUCUUGAAUAUCUCCAUUAUGAUUAUUCAACACCAGUCAUCCAUUGUGAUUUGAAGCCUCAGAAUAUCUUAUUAGAUGAAGAUAUGGUUGCCCAUGUGAGUGAUUUCGGCAUUGUCAAGCUCUUAGAUGAAGGAGAUUCGAAAACACAAACCCUUACACUAGCAACUAUGGGGUAUAUGGCGCCAGAGUAUGGAUCAAUGGGGAUUGUGUCCACAAGAGGAGAUGUCUACAGUUUUGGGAUUUUGUUGAUGGAAACUUUCACAAGAAAAAAACCCACAGGUGAGAUGUUUGCUGGAGAAAUGAGCUUAAAGAACUUGGUAGAGACAUCAUUACCUGAUGCAGUAACUGAAGUUAUGGAUGGUAAUUUGUUAAGAGAAGAGAUUGGUUUUGGAGCCGAAGUGAAUUGCAUGUUAAGCAUCAUGAAUUUGGCUUUGAAUUGUUCCAUGGAAUCACCUGAACAGAGGAUCAAUAUGAAAGAUGCCUUGGUAAAACUCAGGAAGAUCAGAUUGCAGUUUCAGCAAAAUGUAGGAGGUCCCUAAAUAAAUGGUGUUGUGAUGUACGUUAUUUAUGCUCUUUGUUUGUUGUUUAUGAUCUUUCUAGUUGAUGAUUAUCUAUCUCGUUAAACUUUGAAUAAUGGAUUUUGAGCUCCCUUCAA